AUGAGUUCAGAGAAAAAUAACAAAAUGGAGGACGAGGCCGUUCUUGACCGAGGAGCUUCUUGCGUCAAGCACGUGUGCGACGAAGAGGAAGUAGAAGGUCACCAUACAGUGUAUAUCGGCGUCCAUGUACCUAAAAGCUACCACCGGCGCAGACGCCACCGCCGCAAGUCCAGCCACAAAGAGCGACGGGAACGCCCCGAGCACAGCGGCGAGGGAUACAAGUCAGAUGGUGAAAAUGUGGACGACACCAGCUCCAGUCUCCUCAAGCCGCUCAUUUCCCCGGCGGAGAGGAUCCGCUUCAUCCUGGGCGAGGAAGACGAUGGCCCCCCUCCCCCUCAGCUCUUCACCGAGCUGGACGAGCUGCUCGCCGUCGACGGCCAGGAAAUGGAGUGGAAGGAGACCGCCAGGUGGAUCAAGUUUGAGGAGAAGGUGGAAAAGGGCGGCGAGCGCUGGAGCAAGCCCCACGUAGCCACGCUGUCGCUGCACAGCUUGAUGGAGCUCAAGACGUGUAUCGAGAAAGGCACCAUCAUGCUGGAUCUGGAGGCUUCCACGCUGCCGCAAGUCGUCGAAAUGGUGACCGACAGCCAGAUUGAAAGCGGCCAGUUGAAGGCAGAUCUGAAAGAGAGGGUCAUGUACACGCUGCUACGCAAGCAUCGCCACCAGACUAAGAAGUCGAACUUGCGCUCGCUUGCCGAUAUUGGCAAAAGCGUCUCCAGCGCGAGCAGACUGUUUUCCAGCCAGGAGAAUGGCAGUCCCACCACAGCACAUCGCACCCUUACCUCCAACAGCCUGAGUGACUUCUCAGACAAACCGGAGAAGGAUCAGCUGAAAAAUAAGUUUAUGAAGAAGCUUCCCCGGGACGCCGAGGCGUCCAACGUGCUGGUGGGAGAGGUGGACUUCCUGGAGAGCCCGUUUGUGGCGUUCGUCCGCCUGCAGCACGCUGUCAUGCUAGGAGCGCUUACAGAGGUCCCAGUUCCUACCAGGUUCCUGUUUGUGCUGCUGGGUCCCAGAGGAAAAGCAAAGUCUUACCACGAGAUCGGAAGAGCCAUCGCGACCCUGAUGUCUGAUGAGGUGUUCCACGACAUCGCCUACAAGGCCAAGGACCGGCAGGACCUGCUGGCCGGUAUCGAGGAGUUCCUAGACGAAGUCAUUGUGCUGCCCCCUGGCGAAUGGGAUCCCGACAUCAGGAUAGAACCGCCUAAGUCGCUGCCAUCUUCUGACAAGAGAAAGAACCAAUAUGCCGGCUUGGAGCCCCCGCCCAUGAACGGCGACGCCCCUCACGACGCGGGGCAAGGCGGGGGCGGAGGUCACCAGGUCGGCGAGGAGCUGCAGUGCACCAGAAGGUUCUGCGGAGGUUUGGUGCUGGACGUCAAGCGGAAGCUGCCGUUCUACGCCAGCGAUUUCUACGACGCCUUGCACAUCCAGUCGCUGUCCACCAUCCUGUUCAUCUACCUGGGCACCGUCACGAAUGCCAUCACCUUUGGGGGGCUGCUGGGGGACGCCACUAACAACAUGCAGGGCGUGUUGGAGAGUUUCCUGGGCACGGCUCUGACGGGCUCCGUGUUCUGCCUGCUGGCGGGUCAGCCGCUCACCAUCCUCAGCAGCACCGGACCCGUUCUGGUCUUCGAGAGGCUUCUCUUCAACUUCAGCAAGGACAACGGUUUGGACUACCUGGAGUUCCGCCUGUGGAUCGGCUUGUGGUCGGGCGUGUUCUGCCUGAUGCUGGUGGCCACCGACGCCAGCUUCCUGGUGCAGUACUUCACGCGUUUCACGGAGGAAGGCUUCUCGGCGCUCAUCAGCUUCAUCUUCAUCUACGACGCCUUCAAGAAGAUGAUCAAGCUGGCGCACCACAACCCCAUCCACGCGCACUACAGCCCCGAACUGGUCACGCAGUAUGACUGCAGCUGCGAGCCCGGCAACAACACCGACCUUCAUGACGUCGCCGCCUGGACAAACAGUUCCGACCUGUCGGAGAACGCCACUUGGGCGUCCCUGAGCCGUAGCCAGUGCGUCACGUACGGCGGGCGCCUGGUUGGCGAGGCCUGCCGCUACGUGCCUGACAUCACCCUCAUGUCCUUCAUCUUGUUCUUCGGGACCUACACCUGCUCCAUGGCGCUCAAGAAGUUCAAGACUAGUCGCUUUUUUCCCACCAAAGUGAGGAAGCUGAUCAGCGACUUUGCCAUCAUCCUGGCCAUCCUUCUCUUCUGUGGCGUGGACGCUCUGGUGGGCGUGGACACUCCCAAGCUCAUAGUGCCAAGCGAAUUCAAGCCCACUAGUCCAGAACGAGGCUGGUUCAUCCCCCCCGUGGGGGGAAAUCCCUGGUGGGUGUACCUGGCCUCCGCCCUCCCCGCCCUGCUGGUCACCAUCCUGAUCUUCAUGGACCAGCAGAUCACGGCCGUCAUCGUCAACAGGAAGGAGCACAAACUGAAGAAAGGCGCAGGGUACCACUUGGACCUGUUCUGGGUGGCGGUGCUGAUGAUGGUGUGCUCCUUCAUGGGCCUCCCCUGGUACGUGGCCGCCACCGUCAUCUCCAUCGCGCACAUCGACUCGCUCAAGAUGGAGACUGAGACCUCAGCGCCUGGGGAACAACCAAAGUUCCUCGGCGUCAGGGAGCAAAGAGUCACCGGCAUCAUCGUUUUCAUCCUGACCGGACUGUCCGUCUUAAUGGCUCCUGUCCUCAAGUUUAUUCCCAUGCCCGUGCUGUACGGCGUCUUCCUCUACAUGGGCGUGGCUUCCCUCAAUGGCGUCCAGUUCAUGGAUCGUCUGCAACUGCUGCUGAUGCCAGCCAAGCACCAGCCAGACCUCAUCUACCUUCGCCACGUGCCUCAGCGGCGCAUCCACCUGUUUACCUUCAUCCAGGCAUUAUGCCUGGCCCUCCUCUGGGUGCUCAAGUCCACGGUGGCCGCCAUCAUCUUCCCCGUCAUGAUCUUGGCGCUGGUGGCGGUGCGCAAGGCCAUGGACUACCUAUUCUCCCAGCACGACCUGAGCUACCUGGACGACGUCAUCCCAGAGAAGGACAAGAAAAAGAAGGAGGACGAGAAGAAGAAGAAACACAAGAAGAAAGGCAGCAUCGAUUCUGAAAACGACUUUUCUGAAUAUCCCUACCAUGCCAAUAUUCCCACUAUAAAAAUCUCAAUGGAUAUGAUGGAGCAGGAGCCCAUGUUGGGGCAGAAGUCUUUGGCCAGAGACACAUCGCAGACUUUCCUUAAUCCCCAUUCGCCGUGCUGA